CCAACCCGUGACAUGCUGCAGGCCAUCAUCAAGCUGUCCUGCGGCAUUGCCCACGACCACCUCCGCAAGUUGCCUGGCCUGAAGACAGCAGCCACCGCGGUGAUGCAGGAGCUGAUAGAUCCCCACUGCCUGCAUUCCGGAAUUCCUUCUUGUAUCCAGAGGCUCAUGGGGAAGGAUGCUGCCAGGUGCAUAGAGCCCGAAGCAGACACGCAGCCCUCCAGCACGGACCUGUCCUACAUCCACCAGGGAGAAAGGGCCCUGCAGCGAGCGCUGGGCAUCCUGCAGCAGCCACACUGCUGGCAGCCAGAGGCCGCACCGAACGCAGAGGCUGCCAUGUCCAGCACCGCGCUGCCGGGGCUGGGCCGCGUCUUUCGGGCCGAGGCGGUGCUGGCGGUGCCUGUGGGCAGGCUGCAGGGUGAGCUGUUUGAGCGGCUGGAGGAGAUGCCCCGCUGGAACCCCAGCCUCAGCCACGUGGAGGUGCUCUGCCGCCCAGGUGAGGACACGCUGGUGACGCACGAGGUGACGGCUGCCAGCCCAGUGGGACGCAGGGACUUUGUCAGCACGCGGCACCGCAGCAGGACGCGGGCAGCCAUCUACCUGGUGGGCACCACUGCCCACCUCGAGCAGCCACCCGCACCACAGGGCUGCGUCAGGGCUGAGACGCGGCUGAGCUGUAUUGUGCUGCAGCCGCUGCCAGGCAACCCAAGCUGCACACGUGUCACGUGGCUGCUCAGCAUGGACCUGAAGGGCUGGAUCCCCACCUCGGUCACCAACCGCGUCCUGCCACAGUGUCAGGCCAAGUUCAUCGGGCACCUCCGCCAGCACCUCUCCUCCACUGCCUCUCUCUGUGGAUAGGAUUUCCCAUCCUAUGCAACCAUAGAACCAAGGCAGGCACCAUGCAAAGCACAGACAGAAACCCACCUUUCCUCUCAUAGCUCCUUCUGGAGCCAUGAAGCAUGACUGGAGCCACUUUGGGGGGCUUGGAGCCUAUAUCCCAGUGGCUUUGCUUAUUUAAUGGAAAGAUAAAGCCGCUUGCAAAAGCCACGUGAAACCCUGGCUGAUAAAUAGGAAUUAAAUAAAAGACAGAAGUGGCAGCUUACUAUGGAAGACCCCUUUCAAUCACACGCAGGUCAUGUGUUCCCAUACCACACUAUUCCCACACUCUAAAUAAAUCAACAGAAAG